AGCUUUCAGUGGCCCUGAUAAACCCAACAACAACAACCAAAAAAAAAAAAAAAAAAGGCCAAGAAGAGAGUUUUGGUUGUGUUAAAAUCGUGGUGGGUGAAGCAUCUCAAGCAAGAACGAAGAAGAAAGUCAUUCUCAAAAUGCUAGGAAUGAGUGCACUUAAGUUUCUGGAGGACGUAGGAUGUUGUCGACGGUGUAUCCUGGUCUACCUUGGUGAUCGAUCAGACAUUUUAUAUGCUCAGUUGUCAUUAGUCAAUGAAACUAUUCAAAAAUUUGUUCAGCAGCUUAAUACAGAUGAAGAAGGGGUUGUGGUGUGCAGCCAAGAUUACAGUAGCUCAGAAUAUAAAGAAAAUAAUGACAUUAAGAAAACAAUAGUCAAUGAUCAAAAUGAAGUGUGUACAGACAGUGAUGGAACAGUCAUUUUAUCUAAAAAUGGCAACCUUGAACAUAUUGUCAAGAAGCAAAAGUGUGCAGUCUGUAUAACCUGCAUUGGAUUAUUACAAUGGGGUUGCUCUACUGAUGCUGUCAAGUUGCUGAGUGAGAGUGUAUCACAUGCAGGACAUGAUGCAGCAGGCUUCACUUUAGCAUUGUCAUUUCCAGUCAGCCUGAGCUUGCGAGUUCACUGGAUCUGGGCACUUCUGCUGCAAGCAUAUCCACAAUUCCCAACAAAAGGGCGUGAUGAUCAUGUUGGAACCAUCAAAGAUGUCUGGAAGAAUGUCGUUGGUCCACAAGUUGCAGCAGUGGUUGGGAAAACAUUUAUUGUGGGGCCAUACCAGGACUUUGUACUGAAUGUCACAUCUACUUAUAUUCAUGACUUACAAGACUGUAAAAUAAUGGACCAACUGUGUGGAAAUAUGUUUGCAUCACGUCAAAAGCAACGUAGAAAAUACUCCAAUGGAGUGUAUUCCAAACAGGCAAUAGAUACAGCCAUUAAGAAACUAAGUGACCAAGAAUUUCUUAAGGUAUGUUCAAUCCCUCCUUCAAUACCAGAUGAAGCCAUCUCAUUUUCCAGCCUUCAGUGUCUACAUGCACCAAUAUAUAUGGCUGGUCGAUACAACAAGUACAGCAGAGACUUACCGCAAACACCUUGGUUUGUUGAGGGAGAAAGGAAAUUAGAAUCCAGUGUGCAAGAACUAUUGUGCCAACCUCUCAACAAGGCUGUGUGUGCAGAAGACUUAUCUUUUUCCCUUUCUGCCCAGCAUAAAAUUUUCCUCAUCAGGACGAGAAAUGUUUAUGUUCGGUGCUUGGAAUGGGACCUUUUUGUGAUUGAAUUUAUUAAUCCAUGUCAUACGAAAUUCUCAAGAGAAGACAUAAGUAAGCUGCAAAAUUUAAUCAAUGACCCAAAAUUGAUUCGUCUGAGAGACCUAAAAUUUUUGCAAAGGAAAGAUACAAAAAAUCUAAAGGAAGGUGAAGAGGAGAAGACUAAGGCCUACUGUGCCCUAUGUAUAGCACCAAAAGGCUACAAUCCUGCUGUACUGGAUAGAUUAACAACUAUGCCAGAGCUUACACUACAGCAAAGGACACCACUUCGGGUCCUCCACAGACGUCCUCUUGCGACCAGACCCAGAGUUAUCCACAUCAUGAGAGCCUCACCUAUUGAUGACCAUUUUUUUAAGCUUCACCUAACAACACAAGCUGGAACCUAUAUUAAGGAGUUUGUUCAUGGUGACUUAGGGCGUACAUCCCCUGACCUAGGAUCUAUAUUAGGCCUAAAUGUUGAUAUAGUUGCUUUGGAUGUUGAGAAUGUUGCUCUCGAUUGGCCACCUAAGUGCGAUAAAUGACAACACUCAUAGACAAGAUGGAAUAAAGUGAAAUAACUUUUGUUUUAUUGCA